AGGAAGCGAAGAGCAACCCAGAGCUCCCAAAUAUAUAGGGAGAAACAGCGGUGCAGAGAGAAGUUGGAGAGAGCUCAGAAAGAGAGAGAGAGAGGGAGGGAGACGACAUUACCUGUAUUAUCCCAAAGGCGAGGUUUUAAUAUUAGGAUUUGAGAGCUCUGCAAGUGCUGGGCCUUUGCCCUGUAUGCAAUAAAUCCAUGAGCUUCUGCACCCAAUGGAUCCAGCUUCUGCCCAUGCCCCUUCUUCCAUUGAAGAUGAUGAAUGGGAUGCAGAUGGUUUUGUGAUACCAAGCUUGGGAUUGGGACAAAAGGAUUUGAGUGAGCCGGAUGAACCUACAGCAAAUGAUUCAAAGCCUUCCUCUCCAAAGAUAAACAAAGAAGAGAAGAUAUACUUGGGUCCACACGGUGCUCCUCCCUCUCUCACUAAGCAACAAGAACUGAGUGCCUCGGGCCGGAAGCAACGACUCAAGCAUAAACUUAAAGACGCUGACAAGAAAUUUUCUGGUGUUGGUCGUGAAAACAAGGUCGAGCAGAUUCGAGAGAUAGUUGGUGGGGGUAAUAAGGUAAGCGCUGUUAUGUCAAAGACUUCUCCUCGAGAUUGGCUUGACCCCCACUGCCAUGAGUCACAGUUUGAGAGGUCUUCUCACUAGAGAGAGAGAGAGAGAGAGAGAGAUAGGACUGCUUUGGUGUCAAACUGUCUAUAGAGAUAAUUCCUUCUACAGGAUAGAGCAUUACUAGUACUGACAUUAGUAGUGGGUGAUGUAUCGUUAUUUAUGGUUAGUGACUUCGAGGUAUAUGUUUACAUUUGAUAUUAGUGGUUCUUCCAUUUCCACAUGCCACAUGAGAGUAAUUUAGUUUCUACG